AUGGCCGAACCUAUCCAGAAGAAGCGCCUUUUGCGGAUGACGGUGGCGCACUAUCGCCAACCCAAUGUCAGUGAAGAAGAUUUCUAUCAAUGGGUGACCGAACAGCAUGCCAGCCGUGCAGCCAAGUUACAUGCCAAAAACGGGAUAGAGGGGUUUUCUAUCUUCUUUGCCCCCAAGUCCUUUCGUGACUUCACGUCGGAACUCAACAACAUGCGCGGCAACCCAUGGCGGAUUCGAGAAUUUGACGCUCAGGUAGAGUUCUUGUUUCGUGACAUGGAAACGUUCUAUAAGGGGGCGGCAGAUGCGGACUUCCAGGCGCUUCAGGCAGAGGAGGGGCCUUUUAUCAGCGGAGAGGGCGCAGAAAUUAGUAUCGGCUGGAUUGAGACAUACGUCAGUGAUGGUAAAGUAGUCAACAUCGAUGAGGCUGGUAAACCUACUUUUCCACCCUUUACAGAGAUGAGCAAGGCGCCAUAG